GAGAUAAAAAUUCCCCAUCAUACUUUGGCAGGAAGCUGUUGCCAGGGCAGCACCCGUGAAGCCCUGCCCUGGCUUCAGAGUCUGCUGCUGAGAUGACAUCAAAACCCUUCAUGUAGGAGGGUGGCAGUCUCCCUCCCUUCUGGAGACACCACCUGAUGGACCAGCCAGAGGCAGCAGCAGCCUCUUCCCAUGGAUCCACCACAAACAUCCCACUUGAGCCCUCGGAAGAAGAGACCCCGGCAGACGGGUGCCUUGAUGGCCUCCUCUCCUCAAGACAUCAAAUUUCAAGAUUUGGUCAUCUUCAUUUUGGAGAAGAAAAUGGGAACCACCCGCAGAGCGUUCCUCAUGGAGCUGGCCCGCAGGAAAGGGUUCAGGGUUGAAAAUGAGCUCAGUGAUUCUGUCACCCACAUUGUAGCAGAGAACAACUCGGGUUCAGAUGUUCUGGAGUGGCUUCAAGUACAGAAAAUACAAGUUAGCUCACAACCAGAACUCCUUGAUGUCUCCUGGCUGAUAGAAUGUAUAGGAGCAGGGAAACCGGUGGAGAUGACAGGAAAACACCAGCUUGUUGUGAGAAGAGACUAUUCAGAUAACACCAAUCCAGGCCCCCCGAAGACUCUACCAACUGCUGUACAAAAGAUCUCCCAGUAUGCGUGUCAGAGAAGAACCACUUUAAACAACUGUAACCAGAUAUUCACGGAUGCCUUUGAUAUACUGGCUGAAAACUGUGAGUUUAGAGAAAAUGAAGACUCCUGUGUGACAUUUAUGAGAGCAGCUUCUGUAUUGAAAUCUCUGCCAUUCACAAUCAUCAGUAUGAAGGACACAGAAGGAAUUCCCUGCCUGGGGUCCAAGGUGAAGUGUAUCAUAGAGGAGAUUAUUGAAGAUGGAGAAAGUUCUGAAGUUAAAGCUGUGUUAAAUGAUGAACGAUAUCAAUCCUUCAAACUCUUUACUUCUGUAUUUGGAGUGGGGUUGAAGACUUCUGAGAAGUGGUUCAGGAUGGGUUUCAGAACUCUGAGUAAAGUAAGGUCGGACGAAAGCCUGAAAUUUACACGAAUGCAGAGAGCAGGAUUUCUGUAUUAUGAAGACCUUGUCAGCUGUGUGACCAGGGCAGAAGCAGAGGCCGUCAGUGUGCUGGUUAAAGAGGCUGUCCGGGCAUUUCUUCCGGAUGCUUUCGUCACCAUGACAGGAGGGUUCCGGAGGGGUAAGAAGAUGGGGCAUGAUGUAGAUUUUUUAAUUACCAGCCCAGGAUCAACAGAGGAUGAAGAGCAACAACUUUUACAGAAGGUGAUGAACUUAUGGGAAAAGAAGGGAUUACUUUUAUAUUAUGACCUUGUGGAGUCAACAUUUGAAAAGCUCAGGUUGCCUAGCAGGAAAGUUGAUGCUUUGGAUCAUUUUCAAAAGUGCUUUUUGAUUUUCAAAUUGCCUCUUCAAAGAGUGGACAGUGGCCAGUCCAGCUGGCAGGAGGGAAAGACCUGGAAGGCCAUCCGUGUGGAUUUAGUCAUGUGCCCCUACGAGCGUCGUGCCUUCGCCCUGUUGGGAUGGACUGGCUCACGGCAGUUUGAGAGAGACCUCCGGCGCUAUGCCACACAUGAACGGAAGAUGAUUCUGGAUAACCAUGCUUUAUAUGACAAGACCAAGAGGAUAUUCCUCAAAGCAGAAAGUGAAGAAGAAAUUUUUGCGCAUCUGGGAUUGGAUUAUAUUGAACCAUGGGAAAGAAAUGCCUAGGAAAAUGUUGUCAACCUUUUUUCCCUUUUGUUUUCAAGUUAAAUAAAUUAUGCUUCAUAUUAGUAAAAGAUGCCAUAGGAAAGUUCGGGGUUAUUUAGGUCUUAUUGAAAUGCAGAUCGCUACUAGAAAUAUAUAGCUUUGGAAACAUGGGAAGGCGCCACUGGUAAUGGGUAAGGUUCUAAUAGGCCAUGUUUAUGACCGUUGCGUAGAAUUCACAAUGCAUUUUUCAAGAGAAACGAUGUUGUCAUUGGUGGCUGAUUCAGGGAAGCUCAUCAAAGCCCACUUUGUUCACAGUGUAGCUGAAAUACUGUCUAUCUCUAAUAAAAGCAGAAGGAAACAAGAUGA